AUGGGUGGACACUUGUUGCUGCUUGGUCUGCUCCUGUCCCUUCCUCUGACCACAGGCUGGACCACAUCCAACUGCCUAGUGACUGAAGGCUCCCGGCAGCCUCUGCUUAACCGCUUUUUCCUGGUCUGCCCCAUGGACUCCAGUCUGCCCUUCCUUGCUGUAUGCUCUUCAGUGAGCAACCUGACGCAGGCCCUGAAAGCUGUGCCUCAGGGUGUGGAGGGGCUCUGCCUUUUUGGUUCUAUUUCUGUUCUGCCCCAGGAUGCCUUCUCCAAUUUCCCCGAGCUCAAGGUCCUGGGGCUGAGUCUGCAUCUUACCCAAGUCCUGCCCAGAGCUUUUCAGGGCCUGAGACAGCUGAGGCAGCUCUCUUUCAUCAGUCUUCCUUCAAAGGACCACAUCUUCCUAGCUCCUGAUGUCUUUGGUGACCUGAGAUCCCUCCAGCAACUUAAUUUCUUGGGCCCUUGCCUGGAUGGGAACUUGGGUGUCCAGUUGCCCCCUAGUUUAAGAUACCUGACUGUUGGGCAUAGUUGCCUUCAGGAUGUGGGGGAGCUGGCUCACAUCUUCCCAGAUCUGGUGAAUGGCAACUCCUCUGAGGAUGCCUGGACCCUCGACAUACUGAAUUUGUCAUUCAACAAGCAACUGAAGAUUGCUAGUCCUGGGGCCCUCCAGGGCCUCAAGCUAGGGACUCUGAAUCUGGAUCACACACAGAUGAAGGCAGCUGCAGUGACGCAGCUGGGGCUGCAGAGGCUUAACACCCUGUCUGUGACAUUCACUGUCACUGCUGAGCUGCCUGCUGAGGCAGUGGCCCACUUUGAACUACAGCAGCUGAAUUUGGGAGCCAACCGAAUAGGACAAAUAGCUCUGGAAACCCUGGCUUCCUGCCACAGUCUGAAGAGCUUGAAUCUUCAGAGGAUUGGCCUGACUAAGCUUCCACUGGGUUUCCUGGCUGCCAUGCCCAGGCUUCAGGCAUUGAAUCUGGCAGGAAACCAAUUGCAAAGUGCCAUGCUGUGCAUGAAUGAGACAGGAGCUGCGUCAGGACUGUGGAGCCUAAAUCUGUCCAACAAUGAGUUGCAUAUCCUGUCCCCAGCCACCUUCUCCUGUUUGCCUCACUUGAGGGAGCUGUUACUUUGGGGAAACCAGCUGGUUCGCCUGGAUGCUCAGGUAUUCCAGGGCCUACAGAGGCUAGAGACCUUGGACUUGGGCAAAAAUCCACUAGUACACCUGAGUGAGGGUUGGUUGACUCUUCUGCCUGCAUUGACCACCCUAAACCUGCUAGACACUGGCAGGUUGCUGAGCCAAACCUGGAGCUUCUGGGGAGCAGAGAGCCUGAACAACUUGAGUCUGCAGCUCCCUUCUGCCCCCACUGCAGGGGCAGCAUUGUCCCUGCCUACGAGGCUGACUGGCUUGGAGCUUCAUGCAGUCUCCAGCGUGAAGCCUUGGGAGCUGUCUUCAAACGUCUUUCCCAUCUUGCAGGUCCUGACUUUAAAAGGCUGGGGACUGCAGCUGGGGUCCCAGAAUAUCUCCAAGAUCUUCCCUGCCCUUCGUCACCUCUUCUUGAUUGGAAGGAGCUUUGGGGUCCUCUGCUCUCAGUACAAUUCCAGCUUCUUCCCCUGGCAUCUCCCCAGGCUCCAGUCCCUGAAAAUACAGGGGAAUAGUUACAAUCCCCAGCCCUGCUGCAUCACUGGGUUGCCCAGCCUACAGGAGCUGAAACUGGAGGCACUGCAGUACAUAGCCCAGCCCCGGCCGGUGCGGCUUGAGGAGCUAGUGGGUGAGCUGCCCAGGCUCCAGGUGCUGCAUCUGGCCAGAACAGGGUUGGUGACCCUGUCGGCCACUGCUUUCCAGGGCCUAGGCAGUCUCCAGGUCUUAGUGCUAGAUGGUGAGAGAAACCUUGUGCUGGAUGACAGCCUGAGGGACCACAGUCCUCAGAUGCCCCGGUACAUGUACAUUCUGAUGUCAUCCUUGGCCUGCCAAUGUACCAAUGCAUGGGUGGAGCCCUGGCUUGAGCGGUCCCCCAGAACAUACACGCACAUAUUAACAAAACAGCUGUGCCAGGCGGAAGAUACGGGCCACUCUAAGACUCUUCUUUUCCCCUUCCUCUCGAACCACUGCCCCAAGACCUUGGAGUUGGAACUCUUUUGGGGCAGCUCUGUCUUGCUGCUUCUGCUGAUUUCCUUGCCUCUCUUACAAGAAGCCAGGAACUCCUGGGUCCGUUAUAUUCAGGCCUUGUUCAGAGCUUGGCUCCAGGGUCUGAGGGGUCGGAAGGAUGAGGGCAAGAGGUUCCUCUAUGAUGUGUUUGUCUCCCACUGUAGGCAAGACCAGGGCUGGGUGGUGCAGGAGCUGCUUCCCACUCUGGAGGACUGCCCUCCAGCUGGCUUGGGGCUGCGCCUCUGCCUUCCUGAGCGAGAUUUUGAGCCAGGCAAGGAUGUGGUUGACAAUGUGGCAGACAAUAUGGCAGGCAGCCGGGUCACACUCUGUGUGCUGAGUCACAAAGCCCUGCACACCUAUCGCUGCCGCCUGGAGCUCCGCCUGGCCACCUCCCUCCUGCUGGCUGCCCCUCACCCUCCAGUGCUGCUAGUGGUCUUCCUGGAGCCCAUCUCCCGCCACCAGCUCCCCCGUUACCAUAGACUGGCCUGGCUGCUCCGCAGAGGAGAUUACUGUCUAUGGCCCAAAGAAGAUGAAAGAAAGGAUGUCUUCUGGGCUUGGCUAAGAAGCAGGCUGGGGCAACCUCGGGUCCAUGAGAAGAUGGUACACCUAUUGGCUGACAAUAAUUUGAAAGGCGGCAGACAGAGGCGCAUUGCUUUCUGGGAGUUGUGGUCUCGGAAGCGCCAUUCUUGGGGUGGCGCGGUCCGGACUCCGCGUCCCAGCAUCCCCCGCGCGGGCCCUGGAGCACUUCCGCCCUGUUGUGAAGUGGGUGUCUCGGUGGGUGAGUCCGGGUGGCGGGGCGGGGGCAGCCGAGACUCAGGCACUAGGCUGGAGGCUUAG